AUGACGGAAAUUUUACACAACGCGCCUAUUGUGCUGGACAAUGGCUCGGGUACGAUACGGGCGGGCUUUGCGGGCGAAGACCUGCCAAAGUGCGUGUUCCCCUCCUGGGUUGGACGGCCCAAACACCUGCGCGUGCUGGCGGGCGCGCUGGAGGGCGACGUGUUCAUCGGGCAAAAGGCGGCGACGGACCUGCGCGGGCUGCUCAAGAUCCGCUACCCGCUGGAGCACGGCAUUGUAACUGACUGGGACGACAUGGAGCGGAUAUGGGAGUACGUGUACGGCGAGGGGCUCAAGACGCUGAGCGAAGAGCACCCGGUCCUUCUCACGGAACCGCCCCUGAACCCGCGCAGCAACCGCGACACGGCGGCGCAGAUCCUCUUCGAGACAUUCAACGUGCCGGCACUGCAUACGUCGAUCCAGGCGGUCCUGUCGCUGUAUGCGAGCGGGCGUACGACGGGCAUUGUGCUGGACGCGGGCGACGGCGUGUCGCACGCGGUGCCAGUCUACGAGGGGUUUGCGAUGCCGAGUAGCAUUCGCCGUAUCGACGUGGCGGGCCGCGACGUUACGGAGUACCUGCAGACGCUUCUGCGCAAGAGCGGCUACGUGUUCCACACAAGCGCAGAGAAGGAGGUGGUGCGGUUGAUCAAGGAGACGGUGUCGUACAUUGCGCCGGAUCCGAGGAAGGAGGAGCGCGAGUGGCUGGGGGUUAAGGCCAACGACUCCAAGUACGCGGAAUAUACACUGCCCGACGGGCACAAGCUCAAGAUUGGAGCGGAGCGGUUCCGAGCACCAGAGAUUCUAUUCGACCCAGAGAUUAUCGGGCUGGAGUACCCGGGCGUGCACCAGAUCGUGGUGGACGCCAUCAACCGGACGGACCUGGACCUGCGCAAGUCGCUGUACAGCAAUAUUGUGCUGUCCGGGGGCAGCACGCUGACCAAGGGCUUCGGCGACCGGCUGCUGACGGAGCUGCAGAAGCUGGCGGUCAAGGACAUGCGGAUCAAGAUCUUUGCGCCGCCGGAGCGCAAGUACUCGACGUGGAUCGGCGGCAGCAUCCUGGCCGGGCUGAGCACGUUCCGCAAGAUGUGGGUGAGCAUCGACGAUUGGCACGAGAACCCGGAUAUUAUCCACACCAAGUUUACGUGA